CGUCAAACAUUGAAUCCUUCAUCGUCACACUUCGACUUCAAGAUUAUCAAUGGACAAACCCUCAUACUUUCUGACGACCUAGGGUUUUCUUUUUUCCCCUUUCCCUUUUUCCCGUUUAGCUUCGAGGAAAUUGGAAUAUUCAGGAGCUCAUUUUCUUCGUUUUACACAGUUUUUUUUCCUGGUUGUACUGGACAUUAACUAAAUGGGAAUGUCUUCUGGGUCUCAUUUUAAUCACCAAGCUUCUCCAAAAAUGCUGCCACCUCGCCAACAACCUCGGCCUGGUGGGUUACAAACUAAUUUAUCCUUAGUCUCAUCUGAUGCUUGUGGGUCUCCUAACCUUCAAGAACGCGGCUCAAAUUCUGAUCAGGUUCGUGAAUCCCCCUCUGAAAGUGCUAGCUCUCGUGAAACGUGGCCCACACCUGAUGCUUUGGUUGGGAAGAAAAUGGACAAGGAGAAAGAGAAAGAGAAUGGCUUCGCUGAAAAUUCUGUUGUCCGCCAUAUAUCAAGCUCAGAUAAGAUGUCUCUUCAAGAUGUUGCCCGAGAACGGGUGGAUGUAAUAGCAGAUAGAAUGCAACAUCUCCCAGAUGAGUAUCUAGAGAAGUUCAAAUUUGAACUCCGCGCUCUUCUUGAAGGAUUGGGUGGUUCUCAGCAUAGAGAUGAAUUCCUAUUUUUACAGAAACUAGUUCAGAAUAGGGGUGAUUUGACAGAUAAAACAUUGAUUAUGGCUCACAGAGCCCAGCUAGAAAUCCUAGUAGCUAUUAAGACUGGCAUUCAGGCAUUUCUACAUCCAAGUGUCAGCCUCUCGCAAGCUUCUCUAAUUGAUAUUUUCUUGUACAAGAGAUGUAGAAACAUAGCUUGUGGAAGUGUCCUUCCAGCAGAGGACUGUACUUGUGAAGUUUGCUCCAAGAAGAAUGGUUUCUGCAAUCUUUGCAUGUGUGUUAUCUGUAACAAGUUUGAUUUUGAGGUAAACACAUGCCGAUGGAUUGGUUGUGAUCUAUGUUCCCAUUGGACUCAUACCGAUUGUGCUAUUCACAAUAGGCUGAUUGGAAUGGGCCCCUCUGUGAAAAGUGGGAGUGGCUCCGCUGAAAUGAUUUUCAGGUGCCGAGCCUGCAACAGGACAUCUGAAUUAUUAGGUUGGGUGAGAGAUGUUUUCCUGCACUGUGCACCAAACUGGGAUAGGGAAGCUUUUAUAAGGGAAUUUGAUUAUGUUAGUAGAAUAUUCCGUGGAAGUGAGGAUCCUAGAGGCCUGAAAUUAUUUUGGAAGUGUGAGGAACUUAUAGAUAAGCUGAAAAGUGGUGCUGCUGAACCUAUGGCAUGUAAAGUUAUUUUGUCAUUUUUUCAAGAGCUUGAGGUGGAUGCGUCUAAGAGUCAAGAAGGAGAUGAGGUAGGGCGUUUGAUAGCUCCACAGGAAGCGUUCACGAGGAUUGCUGACGUUGUACAGGAAGCCAUUAGAAAAAUGGAAAUGGUAGCCGAGGAGAAGAUGCGGAUGGUAAAGAAAGCUCGUCUGGCUUUUGAAGCAUGUGAUCAGGAGCUCAAGGAUAAAGCCCGGGAAGUGGCUGCACUGAAGAUGGAUAGGCAGAGGAAGAAGCAACAGAUUGAUGAGCUCGAAAGCAUCGUAAGGCUUAAACAGGCAGAGGCUGAAAUGUUCGACCUGAAGGCCAGCGAGGCGAGACGAGAAGCUGAGAGGUUACAGAGGAUCGCACUUGCCAAGACCGAGAAGUCCGAAGAGGACUAUGCUAGCAGGUAUCUGAAGCAAAGAUUGAGCGAGGCUGAAGCCGAGAAGCAGUAUUUGUUCGAGAAAAUCAAGCUUCAGGAAAGCUCGAGGGGUUCGCAUAGUGGAGCUGGGGGAAGUAGUGACCCUUCCCAGGUGAUGAUGUACUCUAAGAUUCAAGAUUUGCUUAAGAACAUGUAAAAUGUUGUGUCAAUGAAAGAGAACCAAUCAAAUGACCUGCUUUCUUAUCUCUCUCUCUCUUGUAUUUGUUAGGUUUCCUAAUGUAAUACUCCUUGUUUCACUGUUUACUCAUUGUUCGGAGUUAACUUUAUUGUCAUUAUGCCAUUGAAAACCUUUUGUUG